UCGACUUUUCCCAUCGUGCAGUGUUCCUUUAAAAGGUUGAACUCGGCCGUCUACGGUCUACGAACACGGGACUGUUUUCCCAGUCGGCUCCGACUACCUCCCAGCAGUGACAUGGCACAGAGGCGGUGAUCCGUCAGCAGCAGCAUCCUGCACCAUGGACGCUCUCCGACAGCCGAGGCGGAGCGGAGCCUUCGCCGCACUUGACACCAUGAUGCCCGCGUGGAUCUUACUGAGCGCGGUGUCGGGACUGAAGGCGGAGGAGGGCGGAAUGGAAGAACUUACUACCGAGAAGGAGGCUGAGGAAAGUCACCGACAGGACAGCGUUAAUUUACUCACAUUCAUUUUGCUGCUGACCUUAACGAUUCUCACCAUAUGGCUCUUUAAGCACAGACGGGUCCGUUUCCUUCACGAAACCGGACUGGCAAUGAUUUACGGUUUGCUGGUAGGUGUGAUUCUGCGGUAUGGCAUCCCUGCCACCAGCUACCACAACAAGACACCCCCGAGCUGUUUGCUGAAGGAAGGACCUGUCAGCACCUUGCUGCUUAAUGUCAGCGGCAAGUUCUUUGAGUACACCCUCAAAGGCGAAAUCAACUCCAGAGAGAUUCACAAUGUGGAGCAGAAUGAUAUGCUGCGCAAGGUGACAUUUGACCCUGAAGUAUUCUUCAACAUAUUGCUGCCUCCAAUUAUUUUCCAUGCUGGGUACAGUCUAAAGAAGAGACACUUCUUCAGGAAUCUGGGCUCGAUCAUAACCUACGCCUUUCUUGGGACGGCCAUCUCAUGUUUUGUUAUUGGGAACCUGAUGUACGGCGUGGUCAAACUGAUGCAAGUGGUCGGACAGCUGACUGACAAGUUCUACUACACCGACUGCCUCUUCUUUGGUGCCAUCAUCUCGGCCACAGAUCCAGUGACGGUGUUGGCCAUAUUCAAUGAGCUCCACGCAGAUGGGGAUCUGUACGCUCUGCUGUUUGGGGAAAGCGUUAUGAAUGACGCAGUGGCCAUUGUGCUUUCCUCGUCUAUUGUGGCCUACCAGCCCAGUGGAGCAAACACACACAUGUUUGAUGCCUCAGCCUUCUUCAAGUCAGUGGGGGUUUUCCUGGGUAUUUUCAGCGGCUCCUUUGUGAUGGGUGCAGCCACAGGAGUCGUCACCGCUCUCGUCACCAAGUUCACCAAGCUGCACUGUUUCCCGUUGCUGGAGACGGCCCUCUUCUUCCUCAUGUCUUGGAGCACCUUCCUGCUAGCCGAAGCCUGCGGCUUCACAGGCGUUGUGGCCGUGCUGUUCUGUGGCAUCACGCAGGCUCACUACACCUACAACAACCUCUCUGCGGAGUCCACAAAACGCACCAAGCAGCUCUUCGAGGUCCUUCACUUCCUGGCUGAGAACUUCAUCUUCUCCUACAUGGGCUUGGCUCUGUUCACCUUCCAGAAUCACAUUUUCAGCCCUAUUUUCAUCAUAGGGGCUUUUCUUGCCAUAUUCGUUGGAAGAGCUUUCAACAUUUACCCGCUGUCCUUCCUUCUCAACCUCGGCAGAAGGCACAAGAUCAAAGGAAACUUCCAGCAUAUGAUGAUGUUUGCAGGUCUGCGUGGAGCGAUGGCGUUCGCUUUGGCCAUCCGGGACACGGCCACCUACGCCCGCCAGAUGAUGUUCACCACCACGCUGCUCAUUGUCUUCUUCACUGUCUGGGUGUUUGGCGGUGGGACGACACCCAUGCUGUCCUGGCUACAUAUCAGCGUUGGGGACAGCAAAGCAUUGCAGGAAGAGCGACGCCAGCAUGGAAAGUGGCAGUACUUCAGUGUUGGUGUGGACCCGGAUCAAGACCCAGGGCUAUGUGGAGACAGCUUCCAGGUCUUACAGGGGGAUGGCCCCCAGGCUGAAGGGCAAAGUAAAACCAAACAGGAGAGUGCGUGGCUCUUCAGACUGUGGUACACCUUUGAUCACAAUUACCUGAAGCCCAUUCUGACACACAGCGGCCCCCCUCUCACCUCCACGCUGCCCGCCUACUGUGGGCCCCUGGCGAGCUGUCUGACCAGCCCCCAGGCAUAUGAGAACCACGAGCAGCUGAGGGACCACGACUCUGACCUCCGUAACGACAGCGACCUGACAUUCACCUUCGGCGACACCGCCAUCACAGCCAACGGGGCGUCGGGCGGCGGCGCCGACGCAGCCGGAGGCUCAGGCUGGAGCGCCAACGGCAAAAGGAGCGGCAGCACCUCAGAAGAGGCGCUGGAGCGCGAGCUGGACUCCCGCGAGCAGGAGCUGCUGAGCCGCGGCACGCGCCUGGUUUUCCCCAUCGAGGAUCACAUCUGACCCCCGCCCUCCUUUUUGCCUGCACCGCCAACCCCCCUGACCUGACCCCCAGACCGCCUCGCCCCACAGCCCCCAACUCAUCUUGCGAGCAGAACGUCCAGUCCUUCAGACAAAAGACCGAGAGGAGAUGUGGGACUAGACAAGAGGGGGAGGGUUCCCUCCAGGCCCGGGAGCAGAGCUCAACGAGCAUUUCAUCCUCCAUUACAGAGCUGGAGUUUUUUUUUUGUUUUUGUUCUUUUUAAAUCUCCAGAAGACAUGUGUCCUCUAGAGCGUCAGGAGAAUUUUACUGAUGGUUUCCGAAACCGGAGGGACACCUUUAUGCAACAUGUGAGGACAAAAUAAAAUAUCCACAUGCCAGAUUCAGUCUGAAAAUGUUUCGCUGGAGUGGAAACGAAGAAGAGAAAAAAGGGCCUGGCAGCCCUCCCUCGCUCAUCAUGUGAUCUGAUCAGUUUCAGAGUACACCGCUGAGAAAAUGCUAAGUGGCUUCUCCACAAUCACACCCCAUUUCCAUGUAGAUGCAGAAAUGAGGCCACAACUUGAAUAGUUUAUCGAUCAGAGUUCUCUGGCAUAUUUGUACCAUUCAUCUGAAGCUGCUAACAGACCGGUGUUUGGGAUGUUUGUGAAGAUGUCCUUUGUUUCACACAAACACAUCUGUGUGGGGGAGACUGUGGCCUGUUAGAGAGCGGGGCAGUGAACGUGUCCCCCCCCUCUUAGCCUACACAGCCUGUCAAGAAUGUGAGCAUGUAAAUAGCUACAAUGCAGAGCUUUAUUCCUCUCUAGCGGGACCGCUUCUUUCAGUGCAUUACAUCCCGUGACUGUUACAAAUGUGAAUCAAGUCUUUGAACUGGAUCUUUUUCUGUGUGCUGGGCUGGUUUUCAUAACCAUGACAUGAACGAGGAAUGGAAGGGGUUGUGAUGCUAAUUGUAUUGUUUCUUAUGAGAUAAUGCUGGUUUCCUAAAACAGAUGUUCCCUCUGAGCAAUUUCAGCACUGUGAAAUAAAGAGCAGGUCUUCAUCAUAAUUUGGAACGCUUUGCAAAAAUUCUAUAUCCCCUACUGAUUUUGAAAAUAUUUAAAAGGAUCAGAUGCAUCCCUUUUAUUAAUAGGUAUUUUCAGUAUCAAUAAAUCCAGUGAGGAUUUUCUCUGUAAUCAAUUAGUUGUUCUGCCCCUGUUUUCCUAGAGGGGCAGGGUUUGGGGACGGUAUGUUUAGGGCCUAAUAGCAGGUCAACAGUAGAGUCCACAUAGAAGUGUUAUACAGCAUCUGAAAGGGGGGGGGACCUGAGGAUUGAUUUGACAUGAUUUGACCUUAGUAGAGUUUAGGAUUGCUCACUUAUGUAUCUUAAGUUGUUGCAGCAGUUUUUGAGUCAAUAAUUAUUUGUUUUUACAGAGUUGGUACACAAUUUUACCAUUUUGUACCACUCAAAGUAUUGAUUAAAAAGUAUCAGAAAUCCCUCCAAAAUACCACAUUAGGACACAAAGACCUUACGGAACACCAUAGCGUUUUUUUCUUGGGGGCUUUGAAUUUUUUAGGCCAUUGGAUGGGGAGCACUUCUGUUCUGGAAACCGCUCAGAAACCCCCUGAUGGUGAGUGCACCUAGGAAAGCCAUACAUCCUCUGAAGGCCAAACCGAGUUUUACGAGGCUGUGAGUAUCAAAGAGGUCAUGACGCGACAUUAUACACAGUGACACAAGUUUCAAUAAAUGGUCUCACUUAGUUGAAAUGGCUGCUAUGGGAUGUGUGAUGGUGUUAGUCCCCACCCCAGUCUCUCAUUAAAUCCACAAGAGUCUCAGCGCUCCAGUCACACCCAAUGUAUGCAAUUCCAAGAUGCAGAUUCCAGUAUGCAAAAAUAUUCAAAUACACCAUUUUAGAAUAGGCGAAAAUACCACAUUUAUACUGCAUGAGAAAAACUGCAUGGUUAUUGCCCAAACUGCAUGGGUUUAGCAUAAAGUGGACACAUAAAGGGGAGACUCGUGGGUACCCAUCGGACCUGUUUUCAUUCAUUUUCCUUUUAUUUGAUAGAGACAGUGGCUAGACAUAAAAGGGGGAGAUAGAGAUGGGGGAUGACACGCAGCAAAGGGCCGCUGCAGGACUCAGCCAUCAUGGGGCGCACGCUCUUACGGGGGGGGUAUCUUGAGGUGGGAGAUAAAGCGACCUAUUUGAAAAUGACCAUGCCAGUUUUUCCCUCGCGUCAACGUAGCCUAACUUUGGAGCAUUAUUUAGCCACCUUCCUGACAAGCUAUACUCCAUCAUUAAUAAGAUGCAUCUGAUCACAUUUUAACUUAAGUGUACCAACUUUCAGACAAGUACAACUUAACAAGAAGAGCAGCCAUUGAUGCAAAACACUGACCAGCAGAGAAUGAUAAAGAACGAUUGCACAUAACCUCACCGAGCAGUACUCACCCUGUACCUGCAUCAGCAGUGUUUAAAAAUGGUGUCUAUGGUGGCUGUCUACCUUAUGUAUUAACCUCUGUUAUAUAAUGCACUUAAACAGAAUGCUAAGAUGAGUUGGUAUCAUAAAUCACCAGUAGGCUACACAGGCCAUUUAUGGGAUUUUUUGUGUAUUAGUCUUUGUAAUAAUCUAGCGUCUCAUCUUAGUUCAUAGCUGUAUUAAUAAUGGAUGUAGAUUUCUAAUUUGUGCUGUCCUAUUCUUGUUUAAAGCCUUUCUUAAACGACUACAUUCUUAUCUGUCACCAUACAUUUUAAUUUUGCAAACACAAUCCCUUAGACUGACUUUGUAGUACAACACUUCUCAAACGUCUUUUGUGUAUGAUUAUGUCAGAGCAAUUGUUUUGGGGAAUUUAUUUUUCUGGUGGAGAGUUGAAUGAUAAAAGAAAUCCCUCUUCUCA